AGUAAUAAGAAACAGAGAGACAGCAGAGAGAGAGAGGGGUGAGGGAGACGCUUGGGAUUUGGACUGUGCUGCGCAGGAGAGAGAGAGAGAGGGGAGGAGAAAAGUUGGACACGGACAAUCUUGCAGCAACUUUUCUCUCUUUUCCUUUCUCUGUGGAAGAAGAAGAAAAAAAAAGUCAAGGGGAACAAAAAAACCGUACUGGAUUAUAGUCUUCGAGAUUUCCAAGUCGCUCCUUGGACGCACACGUGCGUAAUUUACGGAUUAAUGUGCGCGCAAAUUUGUGGAUUAAUCAGUAGUUGAAGCUGGUGGCUGAGGUGAGGUGAGGUGGUGUUUUCAGAGGAGGAAAACCAUGUGGCUUCUCUGCUCCUCUCUGACUCUGCUGGCCCUCAGCUUCGGAGCAAGUAACACUCAAGAUGUUCAAUGCCCAUCCUUACAAGUGGAUGAUUGGAAGUUUCCUCAGACGGCCAGGCACAAUAUCACAGGUUUUAAUCUGGUGAGGCGAUUCUCCCUGCUCAAGAGUACAGAUGUCAAGAAGAUCCGCAACCCUCGAGGACCCAUCAUCCUCCGCCUAGGCAAGGCAGCGCUCUUACGACCCAGCGAUCAGGUGUUUCCUCAUGGCCUACCUAAGGAGUUCACCCUGACCUUCACCCUGGCGUUGAAGAAGGCUGCCCUGAGGGACACCAUCUACCUCUUCCAGCUAUCUGAUCAGCAGGGAUACCCACAGCUCUCUGUAGAACUUAACGGCCCCGAUGGCACCCUGUCCCUUCGAGCCAGAGGGGUAGACCCUGCAGCUGACCUGGAGAGCUGCGUUUUCUCUGGCGAGGGAGUGGAGGCCCUGAUGGACCUGCGCUGGCACAAGCUGGCCCUCAGCGUGCAGCACGGAGCUGCUUCCCUCCACGUGGACUGCAGCUCCAUCGAGACCAAACCCCUGGAGCCCCGAGGAGUUCUGCCCACUGACGGACACACACUGCUGGGCAUUCGGGCUUCAGAUGCUAGGCCUGUGCAAAUGGACAUUCAGCAGGUGAUGCUGUAUUGUGACCCAACGCUUGGAAUCCAAGAAGCCUGCUGUGAGAUACCUGGAGCUAGGUGCCCUCCUGAUGCCCCAAAGAGCCGCCGUGCUGCUGAAAAUGACCUGCUGGAGAACACAUUUAGCCAGGACAUUUUUGCAUCCAAGGAACUUGCAGAAAAAUGUGGGGGUUGUUUACGCCUGAAUAGGGAAGAAAAUAUUGUAAACUUCGGUGGGGCUGCUGGGCUAAAAGGGGAAAAAGGCGACCGGGGUGAUGACUGUUCUGGCUCCCAUUCAGGUCCAUGCACAGAGGGACCCAAAGGCCAGAAGGGAGACAAAGGAGAACCGGCGAUGCCUGCCAACUGGGGCGAAGCAGCUGGGUACAAGGGAGAAAAAGGUCAGAAGGGAGAGAUUGGUCCACAGGGUCUGACAGGCACUCCAGGGAAGGAUGGUCGAGCAGGGUCCAUCUGUGUAGUCGGCCCUAAGGGACAGAAGGGUACUCCGGGUUCGGUGGGUCCUGAAGGGUUGGCAGGGGAACCAGGGAGGCCCGGGCUUCCAGGCAUACCAGGAGCUGGAAAGCCAGGUCCUCCAGGCCCUCCCGGUGAACCUGGUGGUGCAAAAGGAGAAAAGGGAGAUUCAGGACCUUCAGGAAGAGAUGGAUUGCCAGGAGAUCGAGGACCAAGAGGACCAGCGGGGACUAAAGGAGAGAAGGGCGACCCAUGUGAAGUGUGCCCAGUGCUGCCUGCAGACAUGGGCAACACAGUGGCUUUGCAGGGGAAACCUGGCCCUAAAGGAGAACCAGGAACACCAGGGAUGGGAGAGCAAGGACUGCCUGGUCCUCAAGGUGCAGAUGGCAAAACAGGACAGAAGGGUGAACCAGGAUCAAGUGGCACCAAAGGAGAAAAGGGUGAGCCUUGUUCUGUGUGCCCGACUCUUGGAGAGUUGCCCCCGAACCUCAUCCCCGGUGCCUUGACCCAAACACUGCAGCAGAAGGGAGAACCUGGGACUGGACAGAAAGGAGAGUCUGGAGAGCCAGGAAACAUAGGACUGCCUGGCCUUCGAGGAGAGAAGGGCAGCAAAGGAGCUGAUGGUAAACCGGGAAAGCCUGGACCGAGGGGACCUGGUGGGAAGGAUGGACAAAGAGGUGAAAAGGGAGAACAAGGCUUGCCAGGUGUCGGUCUUCCUGGCUUAAAGGGUGAGAAGGGCGAGUGUGGCGUGUGCCAGCCAUCAGAGGUUGGCAGCGGACCUGCCGGCAUCAAAAUGCCUGAAGGAGCAAGAGGCAAACCAGGUGAACCAGGUCCUCCAGGGCCAGCUGGACCACCAGGUCUCGGGGCUAAUGGAAAACAGGGCCCACCAGGUCUGGCUGGUGCUAAAGGAGAAAAGGGUGAACAAGGAGAUCAAGGAGACAACGGAUUGGAUGGAGCUCCAGGAGCCCCAGGACUGCCUGGAGAGCCUGGUCAAGAUGGACUUACGGGCUUGAAGGGAGAGAAGGGGGAUGCUUGUACCAGCUGUCCUUCUUCUAGCGCUGUGGUGGGUGAUGGUGUAGCUGUGCCAGGUCCCAAAGGAGAGAGAGGAGACCCUGGUCCCCCAGGAGAAGGGAAGCCUGGCAAAAAUGGAAAACCUGGUUUGCCAGGUGUGCAGGGCCCUGCUGGUCCCAAAGGAAGCAAGGGAGAAGCAGGAGUUGCAGGAGUUGGAGUUGCAGGACCACAAGGUGACGAGGGACCAAGAGGGCUCCCAGGAGUUGUAGGACCUCCGGGUGCCAGAGGAUUACCUGGCCCUGUUGGCCCUUCAGGGGAAAAGGGCUCUGUAGGUGAUUCUGGGCUUCCAGGACCACAGGGGCCACCAGGCAUUGGUGCACCAGGGCCACCGGGUAGAGAUGGAGCCUCUGGUCGUGACGGACUACCAGGAAUGGAUGGCAGACCAGGAGCCGAUGGAGCUAAGGGGGACAAGGGUGAACCCGGAGAGUGCAACUGCAUAAUGCCGAUGCACACGGGUAUAGGUGGACCUGGAGCUCCAGGAACUUCGGUAAACAUGUGGCAGCCUGGGCCUCAGGGCCCCCCAGGACCUCCUGGCCCCCCUGGCCCACCAGGGCCUGAGGGAGUUCAUGGAAUCCAAGGACCACAGGGUAUCCCUGGAAACGACGGGCUACCGGGGAAACCGGGUUUGCCUGGAAAGAUCCAGAACCCCGCUGGACUUUUGCCUCAGGAUUCAACUGGAGGAGACGAUGAUGAGGGCUGUGAAGGGGGCUGUUCCCAAGGGUUGCCAGGGGUGCCAGGCAUGGCUGGUGCCAAGGGAGAAAAGGGAGACCAGGGCAAGCCUGGUGCAACCCCUUUGGACGGCUGUGACAGGUGUUUAGAGAGACUGCAGAGGGAACAGGCAACACAAGCAGUGGGAGAUCAGUCCUGCACAGGACAACCUGGAGUUCCAGGAAUGCCUGGAUCACCAGGAGUAAAAGGAGAGCCAGGUACACCCGGAGAAAGGGGUAAAUCUGGAACACCAGGAAACAUGGGACCUCCUGGUUUCCCAGGUCCUCAGGGCCCAUCUGGUUUACCUGGUCAGCAGGGUGAGCGAGGGUCAAAUGGCCUCCCCGGACUGAAGGGCGAGCAGGGCCCUCCAGGGACACCUGGGUAUCCGGGAACCAUGGGGCCGCCUGGACUGCCUGGACUGAAGGGCGAACGUGGAAGCCCAGGAAGCAGUGGUCAGAAAGGAGAAUCAGGUCCCCCUGGUAACCCCGGGUAUCAAGGACAAGCUGGCUCACCGGGCAUUAAAGGAGACACGGGACCAGCGGGGCCUGUUGGUGCCAAAGGGGAUCAGGGUUUCCAAGGACAGCCAGGAUUCCCAGGACCCCCAGGUCCUCCGGGACCGGCGGGCAAACCUGGAAGGGAAGGACUUUCUGGGCUCAAAGGUGAAAAAGGCAACGAUGGUGCUCAAGGCUCUCAGGGAUCAACCGGACCCCCCGGCUCACCCGGCUCCCCAGGGUUGAUGGGCCCCCCGGGCAUUGAAGGAAUAGAUGGAAAAGAUGGGAAACCAGGACUGCGGGGAGAGACGGGCCCUCCAGGCCCAGCAGGACCACGAGGAAUCCCAGGAUUCAAAGGAAAAACUGGUCAUGUUGGCUUCCCCGGACAAAAGGGUGAAGCUGGACCUGUAGGUCCUCCGGGAGCACCUGGCAGACCAGGGCAUGAAGGUGAUCCUGGUACCCCAGGAACUCAGGGACGACCUGGACCCCCCGGCCACAUUGGUUCUACAGGUCCUGCUGGACCUCCUGGACCUCCUGGUCCAUCAGGAGUGGGUAUAAAAGGAGAUAAGGGCCAGGGUGGAGAGAGAGGCCUCCCAGGGAUGGUAGGACCUCCAGGACCACCUGGGCACCCAGGAAUUAUGGGAGAGCCUGGCAGUGACGGUGCUGCUGGUAAAGAUGGAGCAGCAGGCCUACCAGGGGAAAACGGGCAGCCAGGUCAAAAGGGUGAGCCAGGGGCCGCCGGUCAGAGGGGUCCACCAGGGGAGAGAGGUCGACCGGGACCCCCUGGUGGUGGAGGGUAUCAUGGUAAGGAGGCACAACCCAUGAUUGGCCCAGCUGGACCCAGAGGAGAGAGGGGUAACGCGGGCUCAGAUGGCCUCCCAGGGCCUCCUGGUCCUCCAGGGUCACCAGGAAAUGACGCCGUCAUCAAUUACGAUGAAAUCAGGAACUUUAUUCGCCAACAGGUCAUAAAGAUCUUUGAUGAGAGAAUGGCCUACUACAUGUCUCGCAUGCAGAUGCCAGUAGAGAUGGUGGCAUCUCCAGGUCGGCCUGGGCCCCCAGGGAAAGACGGAGCUCCGGGUAAUCCUGGCGCUCCCGGUGCUCCUGGUAUUCCAGGACACCUUGGCAGACAAGGCCGGCCUGGAGCAACAGGACCCCCAGGACCUCGAGGACCACAGGGAGAUAAAGGAGAUAAGGGUGUUGGAGAGAUGGGAGAUGUAGGACCUCCAGGAGCACCAGGUGUUCCAGGACCCCCAGGCUAUGGUAAGAUGGGACCCCCUGGUCCUGUUGGCCAGCAGGGUGUUCCUGGAAUCCCAGGCCCUCCUGGACAGACUGGUUCAAAGGGAAAUGAUGGCCGCUGUAAUCCCGGAGACUGUAUGAGCCAUCAAGUGGAGUACAGCCCCAAGGGCCCACCUGUCAAAGGUCCAUGGUAGAGACCUAGAGGUGCAGGGGGAAUUGAAGCAAAUAGACUAUAUGGAGAUGACAGAAAGCCAAAGACCAUGACCCAAAGUUAUUAAAUCUGACCACAAGAUGGAAUACAGGAGUUGCCUUUAGAUAGAUUUAACCACACACAUUUCUACUAUACUUGUGAGCAAAACCCAGCAAUUUCUUUCUUAGGGCCCCGCUGGAACUGAGGCCUGCACAGACACACCAGCAGCACAUUUUUAUUGCAUCAUUCUUUUUGCUUGCGAAUGCCGAUUCAUUGCUAUUUUACCGUCUCCUAUUUUGGUCUUGCCACUUUUUUCUCAGUGUUUUAUUCCUUUUGUGCUUUUUCAAACAGCCCAGGAGAGGUGAAAAGAAUCACAAUCUGUAUGUUCUUCUCCUUGAUUAAUUCUGGCCUCUUCUGUUUUUUUUCUUUCAUUUUCUUUGCCUAAAUCUGCAGGAAGAGAAUACACACAAUUACUGUAGCACUUUGUUUCCAUCCCAUAUCUUUGUUCCUUCCUCACACAGUACCAUUCUGAGUGCAUCCCAUGCAUUUCUAAUAUUUUGUCUCAGUGCUCGAGGUGUGAUACAUAUUUGAAUUUGGCUUGUAAGAGAGUUUCCCUAGAAAUGUAUUUCAGUUCGUGGAACAGAUGUCACAAACUUGUAUUCAUACCCUCCUUGAUGGAUCAACUGUUUUGUAUAUAUUUAUAUUUAUAUAUAUAUAUAUAUAGUGGCUUUUUGUACUUUUUUCCAAGGCUUUGAUACAAGGCAUACACAUGGCUAGCCACUUAUUUUUCAUUGUCAAUGGUUAUACAACAAAAUGCCAGAGGGAUUUUUCAUAGGCUCUCAAAACGGAAUAAUAUGCUCAGUAAAAGACAAAUUAUUCAUAGAAGAAAAUUACGUUUACACAGAAAACAUAUUGGCUUUUCUAAUUAUGUUGCUAAAGUUAAUUUUGUGUCCUCUUAACUCUAUCAUUUUUGGAAAUGCAACCAUUUUAAAGCCUCAUCUCAUUUUCUAUUUCAAAGUAGCUGUAAUAGCCAUCUGUCUGCUUCACGAGGCACUUGUUUUAAACAGAAGAAGAAAACAUGAGGAACAACUGAGCCCAUUCACUACAGGUACUGUAAUGCAGCACAGCCACUAAGCACCAUAAAGGAUAAAGAAAAUAUUCUGAAAACCAUCACAAAGCUUUUAUAAUGUCACAUAUUACUGUAUUUCCGGGUUUUUAUCUGUUGUUUUUAUAAUUUUUUUUUCAUUUUUAUAUCCGGACGUCUGGAGUUUUAAAUCGUUACCAUCUCUUAUAUGCUCUGUAGUUUAAGUGGCAAUUUAAACUCUGAGCUGUGGUCAGACUUUUGUUUUUUUACAAGCCAUGGGAAAUGUUAAACUGAAUUAAAUUGCUUUUCAAAGAGA